ACCAUGACGACAGAUGAUGGAAGACUACGUAAAUUUGCGUUAUGCUCGGGAAUUGCAGCUGGUAUUGCUUAUUUAGGGUAUUCAUUUAUUAGGUCAGCACUCUGUGAAAUUGGCUGGAGGUCUGAACAAACGAAAAGCCCGACUCGUAAGUCUACUUUGAAGAGUGAGGGUUGUCAGACAGAUCUCACUCUUCCACUAACUUCACAGCCAGUUCCACUGUCAGGAACUUCAGUAAGAGACAGAAUUAAAGAGUUGAACCUCAGAGCUCGGGAAUUUAAGGAAGCAGGCUUUAACUUUUCUGUAAAGAAUAAAGCAAAAAGUCUCCAGAAUACUCCAUGGAGUUCUCCAAGAAUUCAGAGCCCUUCAGAUGGAAAGCAAGCCAUGAGUCGUUCUGUGGACAGUCUCAGUUCUUCACUAGAUGGCAGAUCUCCUCGCCACCAAGGAAAGAGCAUACCAAAGACAGGAAUUGCAAGAGAGUUGUCUUCUGGCUUUCUUCAAGAUAAUGAGGAAACUUUACUGGUUGAACAAAAUGGUACUCAUAAUCCACCACUGAGAGAACCUGAAGAAGUGCUUCGUAAACAGUUAGAAAGUCUCUACAGUAAAGCUAGAAUUAUGACUCUCUACGAAGCAAAAAGUUUAGUAACACUGCUAUAUUCUGAUGAUGACGAAGUCCUCGUAAAGGUGCUGACAACAAUAUCUAACUGUGCAGCUUUCACUGUGAAUCAGGAUCACUUUGCAGAUGCUGGUUGUCUUCUGAUACUCAGGGAUUUAAUAGUUUCUCCAGCACCUUCAGUCCAAGUAUCCAGUGUACAAGCAAUAUCUAAUUUAGCUGUUAAUUCACAAAACCAGGCCCUUCUUCAGCCAUGUGUCCCAGUUUUAUUGAGGUACGUUACAGACCCCGAAGCUGGUGCCUAUCUCCGAGCUCUCAGUCUAACAGCUCUUGCAAACUUGGCACUCGAAGAAGUGAUCGUGACCCCCUAUAAAGGAAAACUUAAUUCUCUAUUUCAACUUUUAGAAGAAGGAAACACUAUCAAAAUCCAAGUCCUGAAACUUCUAAACAACUUAUCCUGUAGCCCAGACAUGAUUCCUUUCUUAUUAGCUUCCAAGUGUCCUCCAAUCAGUGACAUGUUGGAUGUGAACAAGCAUGGCAGAGAUCUCACUUUACGACUUCUUACAUUUUUGGGAAAUGUGACAGCUUUAGCUGCUGAGCAAAAGCUCAGCGUUCAAGAUUUGCCUGUUGAUGACAAAGCACCAUCUCCAGAGACAUUCUAUUCCACCAUCUUUGGACAUCUAGGGAAAGAUGUUAUAUCCAAAAAGAUGCUGACAUUGUCAGCCAGCAGUGAUGAAGAGAUUAGCACAAAUGCUCAGAAAGUUUAUAAAAUUUUGAGUCAGUUUCAUCUUUAGAAUUCUGGAAAGCAUUUCUUGUUAGUAAGUUUAGAGAAUUAAUCAGGUAGCUUUUAGUUUGAACCUAGUAUUAUACUUUACUCAAAGAGACACUCCUGUUGGUAGCUUGUUCAGACUAAUACUGAAUCAGUAAUGAUCACAUGGAUUGGUCUGAAGAUACUGUGCUGUACUUUACUCAAAGAGACACUCCAGUUGGUGGCUUGUUCAGAUUAAUACUGAAUCAGUAAUCAUCACAUGGAUUGGUCUGAAGAUACUGUGCUGUACUUUACUCAACAAGAAACUCCAGUUGGUGGCUUGUUCAGAUUAAUACUGAAUCAGUAAUCAUAACAUGGAUUGGUCUGAAGAUACUGUGCUGUACUUUACUCAACAAGAAACUCCAGUUGGUAGCUUGUUUAGAUUAUAUGGUGCUUUAUUUCAUAUGUUCAUAUGCUUAUGGGUUUUGAAGUUGUACAAUUUUAUAUAUAACUUCCAUCUUUGAGUGAUGAGUAAAUGAAAUUAGCCAGUGGAAA